AUGACGCAAGUCUAGGGACUGGCUACUGUAUGCAAAGCUUGGAACCCUACCGUUUUUGAGUGAGUCCUGACACUUAUCCACUUGGCCGAGACAGUGCACCGAGCCGAGAGGCUAGAGCUCAACUAUACACCUACAUACCUCUCCUAAUUUCCGGCUCCUCGGUGUUUCUGUAGGCCUCAUGGCGGGUCUUCCAGGCUUGUCGUAGCUAGAUCUGUUGCACCUUUCAGUUCAACAGUCUGUGCCCCGCAAUGUUCAGGGUGUCUGACAGUAUUAAAAGUAAACUGGCGCCCUGGUUAGGCUGGCGAGAAUUGAUGCCUUCGCUACGUUCGAGUGCUCGUAACGGGAGCGAGGUGUCGGUCUAAGCGGCAUGGAUUGAACUGGGAGUCUACCAACACGUGGUGGCUUGCUGGCCGUCACGUGGUGGUGAGCUCCACGCCUUGCGUCAACGCCACCGCGCUCAGGGCCUUAUGCGUGCGUCUCGACGUGGCGAGCUUGUAGGGCAACACAAGUUGCAGGCAGGUUCAACAACGGCGGCUCGCGCUACCUCGUGAGCGGCAGCGAUGUGACAUCGGCUUUUUCGUUCCAGGCACCACAUCAGUGCGCCUGUUGAUGACGUGCACAUUUGUCGAGGGGAGUUUCCUGAUGUCCGCCAUUCUGCACCGCGAAUCUCUCGUGCGCUGCUAAUUGUUGUCGCGGAGGCGGUAUUCCACGGCUUGAUGCAUUCCUAGGCCGUUUCUUGCUGUCUCGCCCACGUUUCACGUAUAGUUGCGAGCUGCUAUCGAGUCGCCAAUUGCACUGCUUCAAGCAGCCUCGAGCCUUUUUAAGCACGUCGACGAUUCUCCAAGCCUGCUAUAUCCGCGUUCAGCCAGGGGGCUUAUCUGACAAUCGACCAUGCGAGGCUCUCCGUUCCGUUCUCCCGCAUUCGGCGGUGGGGUCAUGCUGGCACCUGUGCAUUCCGCGCAUUCUCCGCAUUCCUCCCCUCCGCCACCGCCACCGCGCACCUUCCCCCAGUCAUCCUCGCCCACCCCACUCCCGGCAGCCGCAGUACCACCGCCGGUCCGUCGCUCUUCGCUCUCCCAUGCCCUUGGGACUGCCCCGCCUUCCGCGCCCUCCGCCUGUUCGUCUGCUGCUUCGUCCGCCGGUGUCGUGGCCUCGGGAGAUUCUUCCCACCCCGCAGCAUGCGCUUCCGCCGCGCGCAUGGGGGAAUGCUCAGGUCCCAGCGGAGUACUAGCUGCUGAAGUUUGCGCUUCUUCCGCUUCCGCGUCCGCUUCCGCCGGCGCUGGCGGCGCGCCUGCCGUCUCUUCUUCCUCGUCGAGCAAGUCUGGUCGGUGGGAUUUUUUUCGCUGGGCAGAUGAGGAGGAUGAGGAGGACGAGGAGGAGGAAGAGGUGGCAGAAGUGGAGGAAGGGGAGGAGGAUGGAAGGGAGGAGGAGAGAGGGGAGAGGGAGGGAGGGGAGGGGGAGUAUGACUAUUCGUGCGCGGGCCCCGCGGGUAUUAGCGGCAACGAGCUGCGGUGGGGGCGCGAGAGUGAGCGCAUGAGCGCCAGCUUCAGCGACGCCCAGCGGGGCGGCAGCAGGAUGGCGGUGGCAGUCACGCGGAGCGACAGUAGUCUUCCGAUCACCCGGGACUUCAGCAGCAGCAGCAGAAAUCUCAGCAGAGUCAGCAGCAGCGGCCGCGGUGGCGGCGGAUCGAACAACCCGGACCGGGGGCUCUCCGCUUUCGCCGCCGCCACCACCGCCACCACCGCCGCUCCUUCCUAUUUCCCUCGUCGCGCGUCCUGCCCCGCGUCUCCGUCGCACAAAGCGCCGCCGCCCGAGGUCACGUGCGCCCCUGUCGAGGGGAGUACAGCAGGCGGGCGCAGCCAAGGGCGCUCACCGGGUGGCGGAGGGAUUGCGGAACGGGGGAGCCACCAACACGACCAGCGGUACCUGUCUCCGCCACCCGUCGGUGGAACCAAUCCCCGGGCUGUGUCUCCGGUUCCUCGUGCUUCGGCCCUUCCUCCUCCUCCUGCUGCUGCUGCUGCUGCUGCGCCCGCCGCCCCUGCCGUGUGUCUCACUCUAGCGGAGCCUUAUUCCGCAACCAAGAGCGCCCAGAGCAUGAUCAGGAGCAACGCGCCCGCGCCUUGCCCCGUGCCUCCCCCCGCGCCUCCGCCCGUCCUGGACCUCCUCUCCGCCGUCCGCGCAGGCCUCGAGGCGGGCGCGCAGCCAGUCUCCGCGCGCGGGGGCCUGGGCGGAGCGUACAUCUUCCGCGACGAGUCUUGCGCCAACCUGGCCAUAGUGAAGCCGACGGACGAGGAGCCCCUAGCGCCCAACAACCCCAACGGGUACGUGGGGCGCGCGCUGGGGCAGCCAGGGUUGAAGCGGAGUAUCCGCGUGGGGGAAGCGGCAGGGCGGGAGGUGGCGGCGUACGUGCUGGACCAUGGCGGGUUCGCGGGCGUGCCGUGCACGGCGCUCGUGUGGGCCGCGCACCCCGCGUUCCAUGUCAACGCGCCGCAGCGCCACGCGCAGGCGCAGGUGCAAGCGCAAACGCAGGCGCAGGAACAGCAGGCGACAGCAAUGCAGGAGGUGCGGCUGUGCUCGCUGCAGCGAUAUGAGGAGCACGACUACGACGCGAGCGAGCACGGCACGUCGCGCUUCCCAGUGGGCGCCGUGCACCGCAUGGGCAUCCUGGACGUGCGCCUGCUCAACACCGACCGCCACUCGGGGAACAUCCUCGUCAAGAAGCUCAGCAGCGGCGGCGGCGGCGGCGGUGCGGCGGAGACGGAGGAUAGGUGGAGGAGGAGCUUCUCGCAUUCGCACGCGCACCUGCGCGGGGACGAUGCCGUGCGGUUGAUUCCGAUUGACCAUGGGUUCUGCUUGCCGGAGGCGCUGGAGUCGGCGUACUUUGAGUGGCUGCACUGGCCGCAGGCAUCUCUCCCGUUUUCUCCAGACGAGCUUGAGUACAUUGCCGCCCUAGACGCCUCCUACGACAUGCGCCUGCUCCAAUCCCACCUUCCCGCCAUCCGCCCGGGCUGUCUGCGCGUGCUGGCCAUCACGACGGCGCUCCUGCAGCGCGCUGCUGCAGCGGGGAUGACUCUGGCGGGGAUCGGCGCGCUGAUGACGCGCGAGGUGCAGGGCCGCGAGGAGCGCCCCAGUGACCUGGAACUGGCGUGCUGGGAGGCGCUGCAGGUGGUGGCGCGGGGGAUGGGCCGGGAGAUGGGGCGUGGGGGUGAGGAUGGAGUGGAGGGGGGGAUUGCUGAGGAGAGUGGUGGGGAGGGGAGUGAGGAGGAAGGGAGCGAGGAAGGAGGAGACGGAGAUUGGGAGUGUCCUAGUUGGGCUGUGGACGGUGGUGAGUGUGACGAGGCAGCAUCAGGGGCUGCAGCAGGCGCGGCACCUACAGCUGGUGGUGCUGCUCUCAGUCGCUGCAGCAGCUUGCAGCAGCAGGUGCUGUUUGCCCCUAAGCCUGGAUGGCGAUGGGCGGACGAGGCGGAUGAUGAUGAUGCUGAUGACGAUGCUGAUGAGGCUGCUGCUGCUGCUGCUGAUGCGAGCAGUAGCGAUGUUGCUGGCAAAGGCGGGGAGAAGGCUCUGGAGGGAAGCACGGCGGUCCUUGCAGAGCGGGAAGGCUGGGGAGGAAAUGACGUGCAUCAUGCUCACACCUUCGACGAUCAUCCCGAUCUUCCCGAUCAUCCCGAUCAUCCCGAAGCGGACGGUGCUGGUGAUGGUGAUGUGAGGAGUCCCCACGGCGAGCAGUUCCACUUUGACGACGACGAGCCUGCCUUCCUGCAAUCCUCAUCCAUCAUCACCUCCACCACAACCACCAUCACUGCUGCUGCUGCUGCUACCGCCGCCGCUGCUGCAGCCACCUCGUCCCUGCCUCGCCCUGCGUCCCUGCGCUUCCUGGACCCGUCCGUCGGCAUGUCUCCCUGCACAAGCGCGCCACUGCUCGACAUCCUCCUUCCGCCAGGAGCCACCUGCAGCCCUGCUCUACCUGCUCUCCCUGCCAUGUGUUCCGAUGAUCCCGUUCGCUCGGCCCUCUGCUCUGGCUUCGCCUCCUCUGCGUCCUCCAACCAGCACAUGCUGCUGCCUGCACUGCCGUCUCUCCCUUCUCUUCCGGCUCUCGAGCUCUCGCCGUACCUCUCGCCCCUCUCUCUGGCUGCGCCUACUGGCAGCUGUGACUCGCUGCUGCUUGCUCAGGGGCAGGUUGCUGAUGAAGGCUCGCUGCUGCUGCAGGGGACGGUCCUGUCUCUGUCUGUGUCUUUCCCUGCGUUCACUGCGCACGGAGAUGAUGCUGCUGGCACGGGCUUUACUGGCAGCUUCAGGGCGUGGAACAGCAGCAGCGGCAGCAGCACCAGCAGCACCAGCAACAGGAGUGGUGGCGAGGGGUUCAAGCCGGUCUCUGAUGCUGAGUGCGAUGGUCUGACUGGUUCAAGAUCAGCUGGGGCGGUGGAGGGGAAGGAGGAGCAGGAGGAGCGGGAGGGGCGAGAGGGACAGGAGCCGGAGGAGGGGGAGGAGAUGCUAGUCGUGCGUCGCUUCUCCCUGCCAUCAGCCCCUCUUUCCUGCUCUGCUACAAGUUCACCUUUUGCUGCAACCCCUGUGCUGCUCUCGUCGUCGUCCUCCUCCUUCUCCAUUGAUCCCACCACCAGCACCAGCAGCAGCAGCAGCAGCAGCAGCAGCUUUGCAACACGCCCCACCCGCCUCUCCUCCCGCUCUCCUUCCGCCCGCACCCCCUCCUCGUCCUCCUAUGCCCCCCCGUCCCACCUGGCUUCCAGGGCUCUACACCGCCGACCAGUGGGGCUGGCGCGACAGGCAGGUAAUGCAGCGGGGAAGGGCAGCGUGCGGAUGCAGCGGCAGCAGCUGCUGCAGGAUCAGCAGCAAGAGGGGUGGCAGGAGGGGGUGGGAGGGAUUGCAGGAGGAGCGGGAGGGGGCACAGGGGCAUGGAUGGGAGAAGAAGGAGACGCACGAGGGGUGGCAGGAGGGUUAGCAGCAGGGGUAGCAGGGGCAACAGCAGGGCCCGGAGAAUGGAUGGAUUUGGGACAGUUGAGUGAGGAGGCGUGGGCGGUGUUCCUGCGCGUGCUGGAGGGCAUUCUGGAGGAGCUUAUAGAGCGCCGCUGCGGCGACUGCGUCACGCGCAGGCUGCACUUUGGCACCUCCUGCCGCUUCUGACCACCACCAGACCAGACCAGACCACCGCUGCCUGACCUGAGCAAUUGCCCUGCUGCUGCUGCCAUUGCUGCUGGUGCGAUACUGUGGAGCUCAAGGAUUGCUCUGCUCUACAUCCUCCCUCCCUUGUGUGGUUUCCUUCCGGCCGGCCUGCCUGCCUGCCUGCCCUGCCCAAUCAGCGGCUGGUAACUAGUGGCAUUUUUCCUGAUCUGCUUUCUGCCUGCUUGUAUCUCGUUGCUCUGGGCUGCUCUGGGCUUAACGUUCUUUUGUGCCAUACGAGAGACUGGAGGAGCCAUAGCGUGUAAGUUUGCUUGCCAUUUGUUUGGAGAGAGGGUCCUUGUCGUGUCGAAGCAAUGCAUGCAAGUUGGUGUUUGCCUGCUUUAGCGUGUAGCCGUUGGCCGUAUGGUUGUGCGUAGGGUAUAUGUCUGCUCUGCAUGCACAUGUCUUGGUGUUCAUGCCGUUUGCUUGUAUUUGUAUGUAUCUCUACUAUCUAGGUUGCAUUGCACGAAUGUACUCCAA